AGUCCCAUUUAAAAAAUGGAUGUGAUGGAGCUAGUGUACGCUACAUUGCGUCAUCCUGUUGCGGACAUUGCAUGCGUUUGUAUUCUAACCUCACUGACGUCCACGGUUUUCGCCAUUCAUCCGGAUUCGUCAGUGGGUUCGACAGCCCACGUGCUUGGGAAAAUUUAUACAUUUUCAUACGAAAUAAGAUUUUGCAAACCUACGCGGAUCACAAAUUCAGAAAACAUGUCAGAUCUAUUUGAUAGCAACUCCUUUUCUGACAAGGACGGAAAAGGGAUCGAUCCCGAAUUGGCGGAACUUUUGAUGGUCGAGAAGCAAAAGGCACAAUUUAACGCACAGAUUCACGAGUUCAACGACUUUUGUUGGGAUAAAUGCGUCGAUAAGCCUGGAAGUAAAUUGGAUGGUCGCACAGAAACAUGUAUACAUAAUUGCGUCGACAGAUUCAUAGAUGUUUCCUUCUUUAUUACUAAUCGUUUCGCACAAUUAAUACAAAAUUCUAUAGGAAAGUAAAACUUGCAGAUCGUUAAGGUAUAAAUGUUAUAUAUAGAAAAAGGAAACAGAUAAAAAAAAUUGUAUUGAAAGUAA